CAGAAAGGAUUGUUUAUGACAACAAAAUGAAUUGCACACAUACACACCACACCACAGAGGCCUUACGUCCAAACCAACAAUUAAAGUUAAAUAAUAUAAUACAUACAGAUAUAAUAGAUUCACGGUUAUUACGGCUCUUUGAAGGGAAGUUGUAAAUGCUAUGUUGCUUCCAAGAGCUGUUCAAAAGAACGGCUCAUCUUCAAGUCUGAGGCCGAGGAUAAUGAUAUAAGAAUUAUAUCAGAUUGAGACAACUCACUAAUAUAAUUUAAUUUUUAAAAUGUAGGCCAGGUUUACCACCAAUGAAACACUGAUUUGCACUGUAAACAUUACACAAGGUAACGCCACAUCCCUAUGCUUUGUUUGAAUUUACGCAUUUGAAUUCAUCCACCGCAUGACAAUGUAAAUCAAGGCCCUGCUCUGAGUACAACAUAUUGUCACAGUUCAUGUGAGGGAAACUUAGGCGGCACUUUAGUUCAUAGCACAGAGUCGUUGAAAAGAAUCAGCACACUGUGACACUUGGUUAGUGAAUGUACACAUUUAAACAUGUGUGUUCAGGUCAGCAGCUUCUUUCUGCAGCAGCUGCUUAUUUGGCCCUUUUCCGUUUGUUCUUUUAUGUGAAUUUGCUUUUAAUCUGUGAGGAAUGGGACUUAAAUGUAGCAUGAAUUCUAAUAACUGAGAUUGAAAAAAAAAACCUCCAAAAAGUACAAGUAAUGGGAGUAAAGAUAGUUGUGUUUUCGUCGCCUGUGACCAGAUGUUUGCCUCCACCCACUCCAUCGAUACUGGAAACAUAUGGACAAGUUUACAAUUCUGCCUGAUACCAGGCCAAUGUUCUAAGCUAUGUUUACUUUGUUAUACAACAUGCAAUAGUAUGUGUGAGGGUUAGCAAAAAACAGUGUCAUGUUACCAUAAAUACACUAUAAUAUAUAAGGUAAAUCUAAACAGACAGUUUUCUCCUCAGCUGUUUGGGUAAUUUUUUACUGACUCGGGACUUACGAGUCAUUGCCUCCAUUAACUCGUUCACUGACUUUUGCAUAAAUGUAUCAAGCUAUUUGCUGUAUUAGCUCUGUGGCUGAAGCAACAGCUCUGGUCUUCAUUUAAACUCAACUCCCCUGUCUCCUCUCCUUUCUGCCCUGAGCUGACCUGUAUCACAGGCUGAUACAGAAAAAGAACAAUUGACUGACCCAGUAUCUCACAGCUCCUUCACCUGAGCAGUGUGCUGCCCUGUUCCAUUCAUGGGGAAGUCUCGGAGUGAUGACGCACAAAUUAUUCUCAAUACAAAAUCAUGUUUGUCUUGCAAAUGUAUGUAUGUAAAUAAAAUGGCUAUUCCAACAUUGGAGGACCAACUCUAAAUAAACUGGGAGAAAAAAUAAUUUGAAAAUAUUUUUUAAAAUACCAAAUAAGUCCGAAGUACAUAAUAAUAAUAAUCCAGUCUAUAUUUUCUCCAAUAGGGAUGCAAAGAUGCAAAGCAUUUUUUUUUUUAAAUCAAUUUGUGAUAUUUGCUAUCAAUUUAAUGUUGUUUUAAAAGUCUUGAAGGCUAAAAUAAGAAUCUCCAUUUCUCACAUACACCCAUAUAAUGUAAAUGUAGUGAGACACCUGGAGGAAACCCACACAAUCACAGGGAGAACAUGCACAGUCCACACAGAAAGGCUCUUCCCCAGGCCAGAGUCGAACCUUUCUUACAGGUGGUAGGCAAUAGUGCUCACCCUAAACUUUUGCCAGCUUGGGAUCAAACACUUUGGUUCAAUGUAGACGGACCAGGGGGCAGAGAAGGAAGCAAGGAGUUGGUAAGGAGCUCCUAUCAGGAGGUCCUAACCUUCCAGCAUGUGGAGUCUCAAAUCUAAUGAAAAUAUCACAAAACAGCGACAUCCCCAGCAUCUGCACAUCCACCACUAGAUGGCCAUGAAACACUACCAACAGCACAACAAAUAUGAUGAUUGUCCAAGUCAACCACACACCCCUGGAGGUCAAGCCUCUAACACUGCUACUAAACUGCUCAAAGAAGGAGAGGGAAUGUAGAACAACUUUGACACGGUGAGCCUCCUCACUGGUGAUGUUUGAGGUGUUUGGGUAGUUGAAGGAAUUGAGGCUGUUUUAAGACUCAUCCUCAUAUUUUACAUUACAGGAUCAUUCAUUUGAAAAUAAAUGUCAAAAUUAAAAUACAGGAAAUGACAGUAUUUUUGCUUCCAAAUUAAUCACAUCUGAUUAAUUGGUUUGAAUGGCAUCUAAACCAAACAAAGCAGUAAUUAAAAGUCUUAAAAUCAAAGAUGUAAAAUGAUAACCAAUCAUCACAUCAGAUACAUAUUCAGUAUUGUAGAAUGUAGAAUAUCAAUAUCAAUACAAUUUUCAAAUUUUUGUUUGGUUAAAAUCUGCAGUUCUAUGGAGGUUUUAUUAAUCAUGUGAAUUGAUAAUGUGACAAACGGUGUCAUCACCAUCAACUGCUGUAAGGAUUAUUAUUAUACCAACAUCACAUAUAAAAAAUAUAAUGAGUCAUUGUUUCUUCAUCAUCAUUACAUCACACUGAUCAAGGUAUCAGCACAAGACUAAUCAGAGAAACGCUACACUUGUGUGUCAAUUUGGAAAAUAUGUAUCAUUUUAAAUGAGGAAGUAAGUGGGGAUUUUACAGUAAAUGAAAGUGAAACUAAAUAAAAACACUUCAGUGCACACUCUUCAUUGAAGCAGGAUGGAGGUACACUGAGAAGCGUCACACAUGCUUAAAGUUUUAAGUUAAGACUUGUAGGCAAAAUGGAUGAAUACCAACAUCCUUUGUACUUUGAAGCCAGAGAUUUGACAGACAAAGAGGAACGAAAGGUAUGGAGACACUUUCAUAAAAGACGAGUUUCUGGGGGAGGUGACUGUAGAAUGAUUGAAAAGGAUGGAGCCAACACAUACAAAAUCUGUUUCAAGGAAAAAGAAGACCAGGAAAGGGUUAUUCAAAGGAAGUUUCACACCAUUUCCCUUCCUGCCAGAAAACUACGCCUGACUGUGAGUAGAAUAAGUCUGCCACAGAACUCUGAUCAGCCCUCUUCCAACCAAUCACAGGUCCCAGACCAGGAGGUGAAGUCAGGAGCUACACAAAAUGACACUGAACUGAAGUUCCACACCAUCUCUCUUCCAUCUGGAGAACCAGGUCUGACCUCAGGUCGAAUCAUUUUGCCGCAGAACCCCAAUCAGCCCUCCACCAGUCCAUCACGGGGCCCAGACCAGGAGGUGAAGUCAGGAGCUACACAACUUGAUGAGCUGAUCAAAACUCUUAAAGAAAAGAGAGUUAAACUUCCUACAGCGUUACUUACCUUCAUAACAUCCAGCGAUGCCAUCUCCAAGUUCCAAGCUCGCUUCCAGCAGAACCUCUGUUUUCCUGUUUCCAUAGAGGUGGGGUCAGACCUGGUUCUGUCCAGUGUGUCCACAGAUGCCCUGGAUGAAGCUGAGGCAACAAUAAAGAGAGAACUGAGUCUGGACAAUGUUCAGCUGCAGGGAGCUGCAGCUGCACCUCCAGAUCUUGACAGAGUGAAAGAAAUCCUGAUGAAAGCCAAGAAUGAUGCAAACCUUCGAGAGCUCAGAGUGGACGUCAGCUUCAUCCCAGGACCCAGUGGAGCUGCAGCCACCAAAGUACAACUGGUGGGCUACAGUGACAAUGUGAACAAGCUCAAAGAAAUUCUGCACAACUACCAGAUGAACCAAGUCUGGAUAAAAGAACUGCUCAAACUACCACAUCCUGAACUGGUCGAAUGCUUUGAUCAGUUCUUAGACCUGAUUGGCAUGAAGCAGAACAAGGUGACCUUUAAAACCUCGCGUUUUCCAUCCCCUUCUGUGCUGGUGACUGGCCCCCGCUGUCUGGUCCCCGACGUUCAGGCAAACUUGAAAGCAACUCUAGCCAGUCUGAUGAAAGACACACUGGUUCUAGAUGGACCAGGUGCUCAGCGGUACUUUCAAGCAGAGGGUAAAGUCAGCAAGGAGCUGGUGGAGAGCUCCUGUAGGGUAAUUAUCAGGGAACAACAAGGUGUGUUCUCCCCAGAGGUGAAAAACUCGAGCACCAGCAGGGCCAGACCCAAGCCUGCCCCCAGACAGCGCCACAGCACUCCUUUGAGCAUUGUGUUUGGCAAGAUGAGCCUGGAGAUCAAACUUGGCAGUUUGGUGGAUGAGAAGAUGAAAGUGUUGGUGGCCCCCAUGAUCAACAGGCAGCUAAAUUCUACAAAUAUUGGAGAAUGUCUGUUGAAAAGAGCAGGAAUCACACUCAAGUCGAAGUUUUACUUGGCAGCAGCGAAUCGCACCUUCGCCCCUGGUGACAUUGUGCAGGUUGAUGCACCUCCAUCUCUGGGCUGCUCCAAGCUCUUCUUCAUUGAAUGCUUGCCAUGGGAUGGGGUCGGAGGACAGAGUGUGCAGGCGCUUGGAAAAGGCUUGAAAAGGUGUUUGGACCUAUGUGCAGAGCAGAACUUGUGCUCUGUGGCCUUUCCAGUUAUUGGACCUGGAACUGUCUUAGAAUACCCACUGAGAGAAGCCAUUCAAGUGCUGACUGAGAACAUUUGCCAGUUUGGAUCAUCUGCAUCCUCUGGGUCUCUCUCAGCCAUCCACAUCGUCAUUGAAUCAGGAUAUCCUGACUCCGAGGAGUGCUACCAUGAAGUCUAUAGGCACCUCAGUUUGAAUAUAAACCAGGGAAGCAAAGUGCCUCAGUCAACUCAAGGACAACAACAACAACAAUCAUCUUUAUCUGUGAGCACAGACCUCCAUACCACGUUAACAAGUCAGAAGUCCGUCUUCUUGUUUCUGGGUCUCUCUAAAAAGGAUGUUGACGAUGCCAUGACAAAGCUGAAGGAUCUGUAUCAGGUUCAGUGCUCCAUACAAACUUUGAAAAAAGGGGAGCUGACAGGCCUCAUUCCACACCAAAAGGAGAAUGUUAAGCAGUUGGUGGAGAAGCAGGAUCUUGUCAAACAGACGGAUCAGUUGGGCCGUGACAGCUCAACGACGAGUGGUUUAAAAGACGAGGUCAAUCAGGUGACGCAGAAAACCAAUGCAGCUGGAGGAGUUGUGGGCGCACAGGGAACCAAGUGGAGUGUGGAUGUACAGAGGUUGGAAGCCACAAGACAAAUAACUGGGCACACUGCAAAGCUGCAACAACUUGUGAAUCCUCAAGGCAAAUAUUUGGGAGACAGAGUGAAGAAGAUCAGGAGAAACUUUCAGAGCAGACAAGAUGGGGGAGCUGAUUGUAGAGCGAUUGAAAAGGCUGGAGCCAAAACGUAUCAAAUCUGUGUCAAGGAUAAAAAAGACCAGGCGAGCAUUUUGCAGAGGAAGUUUCACACCAUCUCUCUUCCAUCUGGGGAAUCAGAUCUGAAAUCGAAUCAAACCAAUUUGCCACAGAAGCCCGAUCAGCCCUCCAUUAGUCGAUCAAAGGGCCCAGACCAGGAGGUGAAGUCAGGAGCUACACAACUUGAUGAGCUGAUCAAAACAGUUAAAGAAAAGAGAGUUAAACUUCCUACAGUGUUACUUACCUUCAUAACAUCCAGCGGUGCCAUCUCCAAGUUCCAAGCUCGCUUCCAGCAGAACCUCCGUUUUCCUGUUUCCAUAGAGGUGGGGUCAGACCUGGUUCUGUCCAGUGUGUCCACAGAUGCCCUGGAUGAAGCUGAGGCUACAAUAAAGAGAGAACUGAGUCUGGACAAUGUUCAGCUGCAGGGAGCUGCAGCUGCACCUCCAGAUCUUGACAGAGUGAAAGAAAUCCUGAUGAAAGAAAAGAACGAGGCAAACUUUCGAGAGCUCAGAGUGGACGUCAGCUUCAUCCCAGGACCCAGCGGAGCUGCAGCCACCAAAGUACGACUGGUGGGCUACAGUGACAAUGUGAACAAGCUCAAAGAAAUUCUUCACAACAACCAGAGGAACCAAGGACAAAUGACGAAAGAACUGCUCAAACUACCACAUCCUGAACUGGUCGACUACUUUGAUCAGUUCUUAGACCUGAUUGGCAUGAAGCAGAACAAGGUGACCUUUAAAACCUCGCGUUUUCCAUCCCCUUCUGUGCUUGUGACUGGCCCCCGCUGUCUGGUCCCCAACAUUCAGGCAAACUUGAAAGCAACUCUAGUCAGUCUGAUGAAAGACACACUGGUUCUAGAUGGACCAGGUGCUCAGCGGUACUUUCAAGCAGAGGGUAAAGUCAGCAAGGAGCUGGUGGAGAGCUCCUGUAGGGUAAUUAUCAGGGAACAACAAGGUGUGUUCUCCCCAGAGGUGAAAAGCUUCAGCACCAGCAGUGUCAGAACCAAGCCUGCCACCAGACAGCGCUGCAACACUCCUUCCAGCAUUUUGUUCCACAAGAUGAGCCUGGAGAUCAAACUUGGCAGUUUGGUGGAUGAGCAGGUGAAUGUUUUGGUGGCCCCCAUGAUCAACAGGCAACUAAAUUCUACAGAAAUUGGAAAAUGUCUGUUGAAGAAAGCAGGGAAUGCGAUCAGCUCAAUGUUUUACUUGAAGACAGCAAAUCGCACCUUCGCCCCUGGUGAUGUUCUUCAGGUUGAUGCGCCUCCAUCUCUGGGUUGCUCAAAGCUCUUCUUCAUUGAAUGCUCGCCAUGGGAUGGGGUCAGCGGAUGGAGUGUGCAGGCUCUUCAGAAAGGCCUGAAGAGGUGUUUGAACCUGUGUGCACAGCAGCACUUGUGCUCAGUGGCCUUCCCAGUUAUCGGACCGGGAAGAGUUUUAAAAUACCCGCUGAGUGAAGCCAUUCAAGUGCUGACUGAGACCCUUCACCAGUUUGGAUUAUCUGCAGUUUCUGAUUGUCUCUCCACCAUCCACAUCGUCAUUAAACCAGGUUACCCAGACUCUGAGGAGUGCUAUCAUGAUGUCUCCAGGCACCUCAGUUUAAAUAUGAACCAAGAAGGCCAAGCCAUCUUCAGAUCGCUCACCAGCGACCUCGAUGACAUCACAAUGACAGUGGGAGGCGGGGCUAAACUACAACUGGUGUUCGGUGACAUCACCAAUGAGACUACAGAUAUUGUUGUGAACACGACCAACUUUGUUGAUUUUGACAGAGAUGGUGUGUGCAAAGACAUCUUAGCCGUAGCUGGACCAGAGGUGGAGGCUGAACUCAGAGCAGCAAACAACAAGCGAAGGAGCAGUAUUGUAUCCCGGCCUGGAUGGUUCAACUGUAAAGCCAUUUGGCAUGUGUCUGGAAAAGGGGACGCAGGUACCAUCGAACAACGGGUGUGCGACAUCAUUAGAUAUUGUGAAAACUAUGGAUAUAAGUCUGUAGCCAUUCCGGCCAUCUCUGCUGGAGCUGGAGGGUUGGACCCUGGUGUUGUGGCAAGUGCAAUCCUCCGAGGGGUGAAGAUUGCAACGUCGUAUACUUCUUUUUACCAUUUCACAAACAUCCGCCUUGUCCUGAUUAAGAUUAACGUCUUCUUGGCGUUUAAAGAGGAAGCAAUGCAAAUGUUUUCCACUGCUGUAAUCAACAGAGUGUCAGUGCCUCAGAGGCCUCAUGUACAACAACAACAACAACAACAACCGCCCUCUUUGUCAGCGAGCACAGACCUAAGCAUCCUCCAUUCCACCUCCACAAGUCAGAAGUCCGUCUUCCUCUUCCUGGGUCUCUCCAGACAGGAUGUUGAUGAUGCCAUGACAAUGCUGAUGGGUCUGUAUCAGGCUCAGUGCUCCACUCAAACCAUCAAAAAGGAGGAACUGGUAGGCCUCACCCAGGACGACGUGGAGGUUUUGAAGCAGGUGGUGGAGACACAGGGUCUGCACAUACAGAGGGACCAGUCCGGGCCGGGAAGCUUAACAGUGAGUGGGUUAAAAGAUGGCGUCAACCAGGUGAUGCAGAAGAUUAAUGCCUCUCUACAAGUCUCGCUCAGAAGAGAGGUGAGGGUCAGAGAGGAGCAGGAAUUCUACACUCUUGUAGCUUGGUAUAUCCUAGCACAUAACGGCAACUGGGAGAGACUGCCCAAAAAAGCCAAUUACAGCCUUGAAAAUAACGAUAUAGGAGGAGGGAUAGUGGACGCACAGGGCGUCCUGUGGAGUGUGGAUGCACAGAGGUUGGAGGCUUCAACACGAGUAUCUGGACAGACGACGAAGCUCAAACGACUUGUGAAUCUUCCAGACUUCACCCUCCCUCUCUACUGGGACAGCAUGACUCAUGGUGAAGCUUUCAAGGCGGUUGCACUGCAGCCUUCUUCUGCUGAGUACAAGUCAGUGAAGGAGGCAUUCAAACGGACAGUCAGCAAGACUGUGAUGAAGAUCGAGCGCCUACAGAAUAUUCAUCUGCGCAAGUCCUAUGAGGUACAGAAGAAGCACAUUUCCGACAACAGAAGACAGGUGGGUGGAGCUCGUGAAAAGCUUCUGUACCACGGGACGACCCGGGACAACUGCGACUCCAUCAUGAAAACUGGGUUCAACAGGAGCUUUGCAGGACAGAACGGAACCUCAUGUGGUCAUGGAACCUACUUUGCUGUAAACGCCAGCUACUCAGCCCAACCCACCUUCUCGAAGCCCGCUGCUGAUGGUUCUCAGUUAGUGUUUGUGGCCCGAGUCCUGACUGGGGUCUCCACUCUGGGAAGCAGCGACAUGAAGGUUCCUCCUCCUCGCAGUAACAGUCAGCCCCACGACCGCUGUGACAGCGUGGUGGACAGAAUAGACAAUCCCAAGAUGUAUGUUGUGUUCCACGACAACCAGGCGUACCCAGACUACCUCAUCACCUUCAGGUGAAGAUGGUAGGGAUGGAUGACGGGUGCAGAAAAGAUUGACUCAUAUUGGUGUAUACCUAUCACACCACAGAGCUGUUUAGUCCAACAAAACAAUAUAUUCAAUUCAAAUCGUUUGUCAGAUUACUGUUCCUCGUCAGUGUCAGCACAAGUCAGCCCAGGCUGAAGAACCUCUCAGGUCAGGUGACUGUUGUGCACCAUGCAUUAAAAGGCACCUUUAAUUAUUUUUUCCAUCAACCACCAUGAUGCAGAUAAUUGACAAAUGACAAACUGACACAAGUGACGACGUAAUUGACUGAUUAGUUACUGUAUUGUGAUCAGGGAAUUUAGGAUGUUACAGACAAAUGUUAAGUGUUUAUUGUUAUCAGCACUGCUUUACGGGUAUUUUUUUUUUUUUGUAUUCAGCCAUAUUUCUGAGGGUUAGCUAUAAUGAGGAGAAACAUACAGUAAUAUUUUUUUUAUUCCACCGGCACUAUGUAGUUUUAGAGAAGAAAUUCAAACUCAGAAUUGUAUUACUUCUAUAUCAAUGAAGUAAUAAUACAAAACUUUUGUUUAUUUAGUUUGUUUAGAUAUUUUUAAAAAAAAAUCAGGCAAUGAAGAUCUCCCUCCUAUUCUGAUUCAAAUUUCUUCCCCAAAACUAAAACAGUGCUCCAUUAAUUGGAGCCAGACAGUUUUCCGUUCAGCUGCUUUGGCAAUUCCUCAAGGGAUGAUGUUGUUAUUCUGCUGUUGUAGCGUAUGAUCAUUAGAUGAUUCAUAGUCAUCAGUGUUGAAUUUUGUUUGAUUUUGUGUUUGUAAAAACUACAUUUUGCCAAAUCAUUGAUGGGAACCCUAGCUCUGGGUAGUUUUCGGACUUUUGGACACUCACACACACACAAACACACACGUCAAUGUUGCCAACAGGGCACUUAAUUUCUGCACGACCUCUGUUUCUGGUCAUUUUGAAAAACAAAAGUAUAGGGAAUUUUUUAUUUGGUUGAUAUUUGCAUUUGCAUCUUGUACAAAGAAAACAGUGUAAAAACAGUUUUUAUAGACUGAUAAAGAGGUGGAAAGACCUCUUGACAGUUUUCAAGCAGAAACUUUAAUACUUCAGUAUAAUAGAUGUAGUUGCGUAGUUGGAGUACAUAUAACAAAUCCAAGUUCAAGCUGCAUUUAACAAUAUUUUGUAUAUCAAAUGAAACACAGCAUGACGGAACAUUAUCAACCAAGGCAGCUAUUCUACUAAGCUUUCUACCUCUCUAGCUCAAUGUUUUGGUUACAGUCUCACUGCCCUAAUCAACCCUGAUUCUAAAAGCUGCAGGAAGCCAUUCUGAAGAAAUUCAGCUCUAAUGAAUCCACUUAACUACCUGCCAAGCAGCAGACAGAGAAAGACAGCCACUAGCUGGUGAAUACAAUUGAAUGUUCAUAACAAAUAAUGACCAAGAUGUUUUUUGCAGGAGUUGGGUUACUUAGAGUUAAAAUGACUGAGUAUUUUACUUCAACGCAUCAAAUCACCAGAAAACCACCUGGUGGGUUAAUCAUUUUGCUCUGCCUCUGUUGGAGUUGUAAGUCAAUGGAUGUAUUCCUGCCUCCUGGUGGUAAUAAAUUGAUCAACAUAAAAUAAA